AAAUGGCGGACAGCGACGAUGACAGCGGAGCGACCAGAACAAUAACAGCCGCGGAGCCGCCGGUGGCCGCGGACCAGCCCCCCGCCGCCCUCAGCACCCAGCCCGGCGACAGUUUACCGCCACAGCCCGCCGUUCAGAUCACCCAGCUCGCAGAGAAGGUACCGACAGCGGCCGCCGACCAGAGCAGUCAGCCCCGGGAGAAUACACAGCGCGUGUCUGGUGCUGAGGGCGACCAGCCCGGCGAGGGUGCACCGGCGGGGUCCGGAGCUCAGCUGGCGGACCUGUUACAGAGCUGCCCCGAGGAGCAGAGCAUCCUGGUGGGCACCGAGUUCACCGACCUGGCCAACACCACCAUCAUCUACGUGCAGUCGGACGGCACCCUAGAGGGCUCCGCGCUGACGGCUGAGGAGCAGCAGGCUCUGCUGGAGCAGCUCACACGGCAGCAGGUGGUCCAGGUGUCCGACACCGAGGCCGCCCAGCUGCUCCAGCAGAACCAGCUGCUCAGAACCAUACCGGUCCACAACGCGGCUCUGGACCCGAACCAGCUGCAGCAGGUCAUCAACCAGGUCACCAAGUCCCAGCAGCAGGUCCAAGUCCCGACCCAGCAGAUCCCGAAGCAGCAGGUCCAGGUCCAGCAGGUCCAGCAGCAGCAGAACCUUAAGCCACAGAAGCAGGUCCAGGUUCCUGAGCAGAACCUGAAGAGCAGCACCCAGAACAACGCCUCCCAGCAGCUGAAGAGCGUAGCGCAGCAGGUGGCCAUGCAGACCGGCAGCUCGGUGCAGGUGGUCCAGAAGAAGCCGGAUCCCGUCAGGAUCCAGAUCCAGGUUCCUCCCAAACAGGAAAUGAAGCCCGUCGCCCAGCAGAAAACUGUUGCUGUCAGUCAUCCGCAGGUGAAGCUGCCAGCCAACGGCAGCGUAAGCAAUGCUCAGAUCAUCCACCUCCAGCCUGUGGUUGGUCAGCAGGGUCAGCAGUUCUUCCUGCAGCAGAAUCCAGGUGAUCCGCCAAUCCAGCUCCUACUGCAGAGCCCCGCCCCCGUUGUAGGUUCUCUGCUCCCACUGGUCCACAAGCUGACGGGUCAGACGACCACAGCGAGUGCUGCCUCCAGUCUGGGCCAGAAACCAGCAUCGUCGCCCAUCAGAGUCCCGAUCACCUCCACCGUUAAGACGUCCCCAACUAUAAUUAAGACCCCGCCCACCAUUGUUAAAACUGUUAGCAUUCCAUUAAUUAAAACCCCUGCUAACAGCACGGCGACUGUUGCUGGUAAAAGUCCCAUUAAACCACCUACAGUCAUCACAACAGUCCCAGUUCAGACCACACCUGCUGCUCGACCCGUCACAGUGACCGCACGCCCUGUAGCCCCGCCCCCAGCAAGGGACCGAGAGCGAGAAAAAGAGAAGAAGUUGAAGAAGAGGGAGAAGAAGGCGGUGAAAGUCCAAACCCGAUCCGGUCGGGUGUCCAGACCGCCCAAGUACAAAGCCAAAGACUACAAAUUCAUAAAGACGGAGGACCUCGCUGACAGCCACCAGUCCGACUCUGACGACUACUCCGACAUGAGCGUGGAGGAGGAGGAGGACGGCGAGGGCGGGAAGAAGGAUGGCCCUGCCCCCGGCAGCUCUGCCUCCCUCACCUACAGCCACAAAUCUCGUUCCCACCGCUGCCAGACCUGCGACAAAGCUUACAUCGGCCCCGGGGGCCUGAACCGGCACUACAAACUGAACCCGACCCAUGGAGAACCUGAACCGCCUGACAGCACGCCGCCCCUCCCUGGCCAAUCAGAGGAGACCACAGCAGGAGCUGCCAGAGACAAAGAGCAGAAGGAGGAGGAGAAGAAGAAGGAGGACAAACCUGCUGCCAUGGCAACAAACAGAGUGGAGGUUGGUCCAGCACCAGCAGCAGGACUCAGGGGCCUCCAUCAUCGGGGCCCCGGCCGUCCCAGAGGCCGAGGUAGAGGCCGGGGCCGCGGUCGAGGGCGGGGCCGAUCACUGGGACCGCCUCCCAAGGUGACGAUGGGGAUUGUGAGUAGGCGGGGUCGCCGCGGUCGACCACCAAAGCUCGGCAUCACUACGGUAACUACAGAGCAGCAGGCGGAGCGGAGACGAGACCGACUGCAGGAGCUGGUGGAGCAGUGUGAGGAUGAGGAGCUGAUGGACGUUGUUUUUCCUCGUUUGACCAAAGUGUUGAGUCUGUGGGAGAUGCUGCAGGCGAAGGUGGAGCGUGGUGGUCCGGUUCGGACUCGUUUUCCAGACAUUUACCGUGAGUUUGAGUCCCUGCAGACUCAGGUGAGACAAGCUGCCCAGGAGUACAUCAGCAGCCCGCUGGGCGGAGCCUCACCUCUGGAGGUCCGGAACAUCGAGGUUGCCAGGUGUCUGGGGAUCCUGGACGAGGUCAACAGGAUGAAGGUGCUUCCUGGAGCAUCGCUCAGCUCCAGUCUGACCAAUAAGAACGUCCGAUACAUGGAGAACUCCAAGAUGCUGCCGCCAUCAAAGAGGUUCAAGAUGGAGAACAGUAUUCCAGUUCACCACAACGGCAUCGAGACGCCCACAACAGGUGGUACAGUGAACGCUAUUCCCUCUACUACCCCAGUGACCUCUGUGACCCCUGUUACCCCGGUGACCCCUGUGACCACUGUUACUCCGGCGAAUUCCUCUCUGAACUCCUGCUCGGUCUCUGUAUCUCCUCUGGUGGUUCCAGGUGAAUCCAAGCUGCCGCCCACCUCUGCUGACUCCGCCUCCAGCUCCUCUGGCUCCACCCCUGUGACACUGAACUCCGCCCACGUUCCAGCUGCUGCCACGCUCAUGGAGGAUAGCCCAGGUGAGGAGGAGGGGCUUCUGCCACUGCAGCAGGACCAGGUGUUGAGCUCCAAUGACAUCGCAGCUCAGGUGUCUGAGCUGGAGAAAGCUCUGGGUUCCAGCCCUGAGAGAAGCGCCGACACUAAGACACUCGAGUCCGGACCCGUCCAAACAUCCGGGUUCGGCUCGGUCCAAACCUUGCCCCCCUCUCAGCCCCGGCAGCAGGACUCCUCCCAGCCCGAGUUUGGCAGCACGGAUCCCUGCGAGUCCAAAGAGCUGCAGGAGGGUCAGGAGAUCUACAUCCAGACCGAAGGGCUGACGGUGCAGUUGGCAGAACCCGGGUCGGACGGGAUCGUCAUCGUGAACGGACCGGACGGCACCACCAUGCACAUCCAGACCCCGGAGGGCGUCCCCCUGGAGGCGGUCCAGGCCCUGCUGGGCAUCGAGGCUUCAGACGGGGCCAAGGCUCCUCAGUAAACCUUCAGCACCAUCCAGACACAUCUGGACUAAGCAGAACCAGAACCUGAUGUGGACCACAUCACAGAGACAGGCACUUUUAAGGUGGUAUUUUUAAGGUGUCACCAGACCACCAACACCUGAACCAAUCUUAGAGACACCUGGAGGAAGCACCUGCCAGGCUGUCCAAUCAGAGUCAGGAGGUUGUGUUCGGUGCUGUUUGCUGCAGUGCCCCCCCUCAGGUCAGCGCCUGUAUUACACCCCUGGCUGUAGUUAGCCCAGCAGCCUGCAGGGGGCGCUGAUGUGUGGUUAAAGAUGUUCAGGGCAGAUUGUUCUUCUAAAUCUGAACCAGAAGCGAGUCGCUGUUUGUUCAGACUGAAGUUGUUGUUUGAAGCUAGUUUUUUUCAUCAGAGCUGCAUUCAGAAACCAGAGAGGCCGUUCAUCUCUUCACGCCUCAGUUCUCAGUUCCUUUGAUUUCUGCUGCUCAUAUUUAACAGACUGUUACCUGAGACGAGCUCCCGAUCAGCAGCGACACCAUCAAUAACCUGAUCAAUACGUGGAGGUGGAAUCUGAUUUGUUCUUGAGACAAGAUGACAAUCAACUGUAACUUGUCCUCUCUGGGCUGGACAGCCUCAGCCUUGUCGGUCCUUGUCGACUCGUCUGAUUGGUCCGUUCGGCUUUCACCUGUGAUGACGUCACUGGCGGCCGAUCUUCCUGCUGGUUUUAAGGAAUCUGGUUGUAAAUGUGUAAACUUGUUUUUUUUUUCCAGUGUUUGUUCAUUCAAAAUCUAGAAACUGAUUAGUUGAAUGUUUAUAUGUAGAUAAAUCUGAAAAACAAAGUUUAAAAAAGUUGCACUAUUUUAUUACUUUUUAUAAAACUCGACACGUUUUCCAGACGUGGACGGAACGUUUGGAGAAGCCACGUGAGGACGGACAGAGGACAGUUUGGAGGGAACCAGACUCAUUGAUUUGUCAUGUUGAUGUUUAGUGCAGAAUGAAUUAAACACGUUUCAUUGUUCCUCCAAUAAACUGAUGUGACAAACUGA